AUGUUCUUCUCUAGAAAUCUGUCCGACUCUAGAAUAAAGCGUGAGUGCCGGCUGUCGCUUAGUACAGUGACGUGCUAUUCGGCCCAGGGGAAACAAUGUGAGUAUCCAAGUACACACGUGGCGGGCGGCUGCCGCUGUCGCUGCGGCUGCGCUGGCGCGGAAUGUGGCGGCCCCUUGCGGUUGGUGUUCCUACUGCUGUCAGUUCUUGGCAUCACCCAGUUUGCGGGAGCUCUCCUGCCGAGCUUCUCGCUGCCUGUUGGAGUGACCCUUACAGAUGGCGAGGAGUUCGAGUACAUAGUGGUGGGCGCGGGCGCGGCGGGCGCGCCGGUCGCCGCCCGGCUCGCGCUCGCCGGCGCCAGCGUGCUGCUCGUGGAGGCGGGCGGAGACCCGGACCCCACAUCCUGGGUACCAGCUGCAUUUGUGGCGCUAGCGAACCCAGCCAUGAACUAUCAAUAUAAAACAAUUUCCAAUAAUGUGUCGUGUCUGUCGUCAUGGAACAGAGCAUGUCAGGCCCGCCGCGGCAAGGGUCUCGGCGGUACCACCAGCAUCAAUUAUAUGAUGUACGUCCGCGGUAACCGACACGAUUUCGACGAGCUGAACAUCACGGGAUGGUCCUGGAAACACAUAGAACCUUACUUUUUGCGUUACGAGGGCUUGCAAGAUUUGGAUCUUCUGCCUCUAUCUUCAAUACCAUAUCAUAAUACCACGGGUACUAUGAAGAUAGGAUUCUUUGAAGACUUUAAAAAUCCGUGGCAUUCGAAAAUCAUUGAUGGGUAUGAAGCUCUCAAUUUCCCUCAUAAUCCUGAUGUCAACGGGGUAUCUCAAAUUGGAGUUUCUCGAAUUAUUGGAUAUACAUAUAGAAACGAGCGCAUGAGUACUGCACGAGGAUAUCUCGGAAGAGAUGAUGUGAAGAGGAAACUGAAAGUGGCCAAGUACACCAGGUGUACAGGAGUUAUCAUAGACGAUGACAACGUGGCUCGUGGCAUUACGGUCGUUCAUGGACCUUCUAAUGCUAGAUUACGACUCUAUGCGUCGCGGGAGGUUAUAUUGAGCGCGGGGGCUCUCGUCACUCCACAACUACUUAUGUUGUCGGGCAUCGGUCCUGCUGAUCAUUUAAAUGAAAUGGGUAUACCAGUUCGCGUAGAUCUGCCAGUAGGCAAUAAUAUGACAGAUCAUUCAAUGGUGUCAAUUUAUGUUAAAGUGGAGGAACCGUUAAAUUUACCGAAAGAAAUUUUAAAUAGCUCUGAAUCGGGUAUGUUGCUACCUCCAAGUGGUUCUAUCAGCCUCACUGAUGUAACUACUUUUGUAAACACAUUGUGUUAUGAUUUUGUUAAUAGACAACUCACGGGAAACAGUUCGGAGUGUGAGUUGCCAACAACACAGUUCUAUCAUUUGUAUACAGGUAGAGGUUUGCCUAUAGUCGAAGGAGUCACCUUCAGAUAUCCGGGAUUGGAUGAGUCUUUAGUUAAUCAAUUAAGUGAGGUUAGUAAAAAUUAUGCUCUUAUAAGGAUGACGUCAGUACCAUUGCAGCCGAAGUCGAGCGGAACGGUUCGGUUGGCAAGCGUGGAUCCGCUUCAAGCACCUGCCAUUUUCCCUAAUUAUCUGUCUGACGAUCGCGAUUUGGAAGAGAUGAUGCGCGGUAUUCGGAUUAUUGAGCAGUUGAUAGAGACGACGGUGUUCAAGGCUGCGGGCGCGUCGCUGGUGCGACUGGAACUGAAAGCUUGCCCCGGCGGCGGCCAGCAGCAGGAUUCAGACGAGUACUGGCGUUGCUACGCGCGCCAUUUGACAUCCACCACGUUUCACUCCGUGGGCACGAGCGCGCUGGGCCGCGUGCUGGACGCGCGGCUGCGCGUGCGCGGGGUGGCGCGCCUGCGCGUGGCCGAUGCGAGCGCGCUGCCGCGGCUGCCGCGCGGCAACACCGCCGCCGCCAUCAUAGCGCUCGGCGAGAGGCUCGCAGACUUCCUUCUAGAGGAUAUAUAGUGAUAAAAAAAUAUAUUACGUAACAAAGAAGUAUUUAUAUUCUUAUAAUAAAAAAAAAACAAAACUGUUUCUAACAUAAAUUUUAAUAGUUUCUAUUAAGUUUUAUAUAGAGUUUGAUUGUUUUAGGAAAAACCCUUCUUCUUCUAUAGAAGGUGCUGACUUAAGGAUCUAUCAAGGGACAUUUUUAAUCACUUGAGUAGAAACAUAAUAAUAAUAUUUUUUUAUGAAAUUCCUAUUGAAAUUGAUAAAAACUUUACGUAAAUGAAAGAGUUCUGGGUGGACGAGGCUGCAGUGAGCAGUUAAUUGGAAUCGUUAAUCUUUCCUAAUUCAAUUUUUUUCUUUUUUAUACAACUUAUUCUAAGUUGUAUAAAAAAAAUAUUUUAGGCAAACAAGCUGACGGCCCACUUGAUGGAAAGUGGUUACCGUCGCCUAUAGACAUGAGCUGUACCAUGGACAUAACAGAGUAUAUUGUUUCGCCAAUGGGCGAAUGCGGGCGAUGUCUAUAGGCGACGGUUACCAUUUUCCAUCAAAUGGGCCGUCAGUUUGUUUACCAUUGUAAGUUGCAUAAAAAAAUAUAAUAUAGUGUAUUAAUAUUAUUAUUGUACACCGAAAUAAAAUAUAUUUUUAUUCUUCAUUGUGCCACUUAACGUAAAUGAAGAAAAAAAAAAAACAUAAUACUCGAAUGACAGUGUAAAAUAACUUUAUAUAAUAAUAAUAGAAUAUGUUAUAUAUAACAUAUUACCUCAGUACAUAAAAUAUAUAAUCUGUUUCAAUAGAUGUUAAUGAAAAUGUAAACAAACGAAUAAUUCUACCGGACAUAAGACAGUCUGCUAAUGUCUAAUCUCAUCGAAAACAUA